UCCAGCUGUUCCUAUGCAACUAUGGCAGGAAAUCGGGUCGGUUUGCCAUCAGGCGUCAGUCCUUAUGUUAGUUCAUAUAAAAACUCCCUUUUUUCUGAAGUUGAGAAACAAAAAUCCUCGUACAAGAGAUGUUUUAUUCACAAGCUGAUUUACAUCGCAAGGAUUGCCAGUCCUGCUGAUGACGACAAAAGGAAUGCUAUUGCAGGUCACCACGAACAAUUUGUCAAUAAGAUUCAGAAAAACAACCAAACUGAAGGAAUCACAGGUCACCUGCUCAUAUACCAGGAUUGCAUCGUUCAUAUUAUUGAAACCUCAUCAGAGAAUCUGACACUCAUUAUGAAAGAUGUGAGUAAUUUGGAGCAAGGUGCCAACCCUCUGUUGAAGGAUGCACGGAUAUUGGUGAUCUCUUACGGUGUAUUCAACCGUAUGUUCACCUCCUGGGCCACACAAACCAUCUCCGUUUGCAGCGUACAGGAAAGCUCAGAGCAAACCGACCCUGAAGAACUGCUCGCCCACAUCUACGCACUGUGUACGUCCAUUCAGAAAACCAAGGGUCAGGGUACUAACGUCGUCCUUGCGGGGGAGCGAGCUCUGCUGCUGGUGGAGGAGGGGGUGCGUAACCUGUGCCAGAGUUCCAUGCUGCGUUCACCAUCAGACUUCCUGAACACUUACAAGAGGGCCAUUGAUGUCGUCCUGGAUUCCGAAAUUGUGUGGCCCACCCCAACACGCCUCUACUGGUAGACUGAAGUCAAAGAAGGCAAAGGCUUAUCCGUAUUUUAACGAUAAUGGAAAUAAAGGUAACAUAUCCCUUCACUCUACGAAGCA